AUGUCCUUACGAACGCUCAGGCUGCUGAUGGCAGCAGCCUUGAGCGCCCUAUCAGCGGCGCAGCCAUGGCCCAACGGGCCAUUCGUCACGGAAGGGUCUUCUAUUCUUGACGCGACCGGCAACAAAGUUACGUAUGCUGGUGUAAAUUGGCCAGGAGCUGCCGAGACUAUGGUGCCUGAAGGCUUGCAGUACCAGUCGAUUGAGAACAUCGUUUCCAAGAUCAGGAGCCUGGGAAUGAACUCGAUACGGCUGACAUACGCCACCGAGCUCAUUGACCAGAUUUACAUGAACAACAUGACCGACAUAUCAAUCGAGAAGUCGUUCAUCAGCGCCUUAGGCCAGGACAAUGGCACGGAAAUCUUGAACAAAGUGACCGCCAAAAACCCAUCAUUCAGUUCGAAUACGACGAGACUUCAGGUCUAUGAUGCCAUCGCAGAAGAAUGCGCUCGACAGAACAUCUACGUUCAUCUGGACAACCAUGUUUCUCAAGCAUCAUGGUGCUGUACCCCAUUCGACGGAAACGCUUGGUGGGGUGACACCUUUUUCUCACCAACAAAUUGGACACGAGGACUUGCCUACAUGGCUGAACAUGGGAAAGUCUGGCCAAAUUUGAUGUCUAUGUCUUUGUACAAUGAGCUGCGCCCUCCUUUCUCCUCGCCUGAGCCACCCACUGUCGAGAAUUACACGUGGGAAGUCUGGUACGAUCAAGUGAAAAGGGGUUCAAAUGCCAUUAACUCUGCUAAUUCAGACGUGCUCGUCUUCCUGUCGGGUAUCAACGGAGGCGUUGACCUGUCCACUGUUGUUAACGGUGAACCCUUCGAGCCGAGCAACCAAACGUUCAACAAGUCCGAUUUCGCCGGGUACGAGAACAAGCUGGUCCUAGAGCUUCACAGCUACGACAUAGUGAUCCCGGUGGAUAAUUGUCCUCUCUACAACGAGAAUCUCUUCGACGCCGGAUACUCUGCCGUUAGAGAUAAUGCAACAAACAAAUUCCCUGUGAUGAUGACCGAAUUUGGCUUCACCAACGAUGCAACGACGUGGCAAAAUGACACGUACGCCGAGUGCGUGCAGGCGUUUCUCAAAGAUCAGGUACCUAAUCAGGGGUGGAUGAUAUGGGUGAUCUCAGGCAGUUACUAUGUGCGGCAGGGAAAACAGGAUUACGAUGAGACGUGGGGGUUGCUGAACCACGACUGGUCGGACUGGAGGUCACCAGAGUUUAUCAAUGGUGGUCUGAAGCCUUUGAUUACGACGACACUUUCGGCUGUGAAUUCUUCAGCGUCUUCGAACGGGACGAAUGGCACGGCGAGUGCCUCAGGAUCUGAGUCAGCGGCUCCAACUGCCGGAUCCGGCAAGCCCGUGAUGGCCCGUCGUCGUAUUGCCAGAAAGGUUUAUCUGCAUCAACUCGGCCUGCCAAGUCGUGACACCCCAAGUCACCUGCCAGCCUCAAGCUUACUAGAGCUUAAAGGGGGCUGCAACGUCGACUUGUCCAUCGAUGUAGCCAUUCAGGCUUUUCUUCCCCUGCUUACGAUGAGCAACCACCCGUCCGGAGAUUCCGAGGCGCCUUCACCAAGAGAAACAGAAGCUGCAGGAAGCCCGGGCCGAGAAGCAGAAGCUUUGGCCGAGAGUUCGACAGCUCCGGAGACGCAUGAUUCUGGACCAGAUGAAGAUGUUGACUCGGACAGCGUGGCCGACUCGGCAAUCGGGACUGAUGUUCUUUCGACAAUGACAGCACCUGACGAGUUCUUUUCAUUUAUUGAGGAAAAUGGCAGGACAUAUCAUAGCUAUAAAGCUUCAAAAUACUUGUUACCAAAUGAUGUUAGAGAACAGGAGAGAAUGGACCUGCAACAUCUUCUCUACCUGGAAACAGUACACGGGAAAUUGUUUCUAGCCCCAGUGCGCGAGAACCCGAGGAGGUGCCUGGAUCUUAUGACAGGAACAGGGAACUGGGCAAUUGAUUUUGCAGACGCAUUUCCGAUGUGUGACGUUUUGGGCACGGAUCUCAGCCCAAUACAACCGCAAUACGUCCCCGUCAACUGCCGGUUUGAAGUGGACGACGCCGAAGACCCAUGGAACUUUCGGAGCAAAUUUGACUUUAUCCACGCCAGAGCUUCGGUGCUUUGCUGGCGGAACUACGCGAAUUUUGUCAGGGAGGCCUACCAGGCACUGGAGCCUGGAGGAUGGCUCGAGAUGCAGGAAUUCAAUCACCAGCCGGUGUUUCACGGCGAAGCCGCCAACAGGAGUGCGAUCAAAAAGUACUGCGAUUUGAUUGUACAGGGCGUGCAAAGUCAGGGAAUCAGCGUCACCGGCUUCCAGGAGAUGAAGAGCCUGAUGACGGAGAGGGGCUUCGUGAACAUUGAGGAGAAACGAUUCAUAUGGCCCCUUGGGACCUGGGCUAGGGGACGUCAUUCUCGCAACCUUGGAAUCCUACUGAAACAGAAUUUCCUCAUGGUCGUCGAAGCCCUUGCCCUGCGGCCUCUGUCUCAUCUUGGAUGGUCUCGAGAAGAGAUCCAGGUUCUGCUCGCACAGGUGCGACAGGAGCUUCGAGACAAUAGUGUCGACGGCUCUGCAGAAAUUAUCUAUGUUUAUGGCCAAAAGCCUCAGGGCUGA